ACCACUGACCAGCCCUAUAUAUAUGCGUCUGAGGGAAGAACGAAGGAUACACAAUCAGCAUUGAGCAAGGGAUUUAAAGAUAGCGUACGUUAACGUUGGUCGAGUAGAGUGAUCCGACUUCUUCAAGUACGUACUUUCAAGCAUUUCUUGCAACCAAAAUUUGUAGGAAAGGAACUUGAUCAGGAAGGUAAAAGAUGGGCAGCCCUGCACCUGCAGUCAAUGCUUUCAGUAAACAAGAAGAAGUUGAAUAUAAAGAGCUGAUCAUUGACUUUACACCGGAACUGGAGCCUCCUUGGCCUGAGUGCUGUAUAUACAGGGUUCCCAAGAGACUUCGCGAGGUCCAACCAAUGGCCUACACCCCUCGGCUGGUUUCUAUAGGUCCUUUUCAUCACCGCAGUGAAGAGUUGAAGGAUAUGGAGAGAAAAAAAUUCAUAUAUUUGAGGGAUUUCUGUACUACUGAGAAGAGCAUCGAGGAUCUUGCACGCAUCAUCCGGCCCUUAGAAAUGAAAAUCCGCUGCUACUAUUCAGAGACCUUUCUACACAUGAGCAGUGAAGGGUUUGCAAACAUGAUUGUACUGGAUGCUAUCUUUAUCCUUGAGCUCUUCUGGAGGAAAUCUCAAAAAUCAAUGGCUCAAAAAGAUUAUAUGUUAUGUCGACCGUGCGUGGAACGCGGCAUACAACAUGACCUGCUUCUACUUGAGAAUCAGAUUCCUUUCUUUGUUCUUGAGGAGUUAUACUUUAAUGUUGAGCUGAAUGUAGGCCACCAAAAUGGGGAACCCAAUACCAAAAAACCGACUCUUCUUGAGCUCUCUUGUGGGUUUUUUGGUGAUCUCUAUUAUGAUUUUAAACCAAAGUCCAAAAAAUGUUUUAAUGAUUCGGUGAGAUAUUUUCGCCCUCCACAAAACCCAAGCCCAAGCUCACCAGAGCCCAAGAACGAUAAAGUAAAUCAUAUCACAGAUUUGGUGAACCGUUUUUCACUGGACCGAAGCUCACCAAAUUUCAUUGAAGUAAAGCAUUUCACAGAUUUGGUGAGAUAUUUUUUCUGUCCACCAACAAAAGAAGGGCAAAAUUCCAAGAAGUGUGGUCAUGUAAAGCAGUGUUUCCCAGAUUGGGUGGGAUGUUGUUGCCAUCCAAAACCAAGCUCACCAGAGCCCGAACCCGAACCCAAGCAUUGCACAGAAUUGGUGAGAUAUUUUUUCCGUCCACCAAAAAAAGAAGGGCAAAGAUCCAAACCCAAAUGUUGCACGCGCACAGGUUGUUCCCGUCCACCAAACCAAGAAAAAGAAGACGAAAAUAAAAGAGUUCAACACCUAUAUGGUACCGCAACAAAGCUUGACGAGGCAGGAUUGAAAUUUACUACGCCAGAUUCAGAAACAUAUUUACUUGAUAUAAAAUUCCGGCCGAAUGAAUGCUUAGAAAGAUUCCCGUUCUUCAAUCUCUCAUGGUUCUUGUCUUGCCUACCAUGCCUGAAAAGCACUUGCUUGGUGGAUAUGCAACGUUUCUUGGAAGUCCCACCCCUUUGGAUAGACGACAAAACUGAAGGUCUUUUCCGAAACCUGAUGGCCUUGGAGCAGUGCCAUUAUCCAUCUGAAAGUUAUGUCUGCGAUUACAUUGUGCUGUUGGAUGAUCUUAUCACAACGAAAGCAGAUGUAAUGUUGCUUGUUGAAAAGAAGAUCAUUGUUAACGAGUUAGGUUCCAGCGCUGCAGUGACAAAACUGGUUAACAACCUCGCCCUGGAGAUUGAAUUAGAAAGGGGAAAGUACCAUUACCGCGAUCUCUGUGGAAGCCUUAAUGAGUACUCCGAGAGCAAUUGGAAUCGUCUGGUGGGAACCUUGACGAGGGUGUAUUUCACAGACUUCUUUAAAGGCACUGCUACUGUUGUUGGAAUUAUUGUCCUGGUUUUCACUUUGUGGAAUUUCAGCAGGCUCCUUAGCAAGGUCUAGGUCUAAAGCAUCGACUGUGGUUGUGUUUGUUGGAGUCCUAGGUAAUUUAGAUCGACUUUGUUUUAGCAUCGAUCGAUCAGUGGAGAGUCUGUCUGUCUGUCUAUCUGUUACUAAUUAAGUUAUUCGCUCUGUUACUAAUAUUACCAGCAAA